UUAAACUUUAAAGCUGAACCCCGAAGGAAGCUUGAACUUGUUAGCAGAAAUGUGUUAUACUCAGAAAAUAUGAAGCUUUCUUACUUGAAGUCUAAAAUUUAAUAGCAUAAACUAGCCCUAAUGGCUGAAACAAACGUCGUGGUCAUAUUAAAAGCUUGAUGCUAAUUAAUCAGUGGUGUUAUUAGGUGUACAGUCAAUGGAAGAUACAUAGGAAAGUUUCUUGAAAUGGCUGCUGAAACCGUAAAAGUAAUCGUAAGAUGCCGUCCUAUGAACCAAAGAGAAAAAGAUUUAAAAUGCAAGAUCAUAUUAAAGAUGGAUUCCAGCUGUGGACAAUGUUCAAUCAUCAACCCAGCUGAUCAAAGUGCUCCACCGAAGGUCUUCACUUUUGAUGGAGCUUAUUAUAUGGAAUCCACGACUGAACAGUUAUAUAGUGACAUUGUCUUUCCCAUUGUUGAUAGUGUUACAGAGGGAUACAACGGAACUGUGUUUGCCUAUGGACAGACAGGUUGUGGCAAGUCUUUCACCAUGCAGGGAGUUACGAGUCCUCCAAUGCAGCGUGGUAUAAUUCCAAGAGCCUUUGAGCACAUCUUUGAGGCAAUAGAAACAACCGACAACACAAAGUACCUUGUUCACGCUUCGUUUCUGGAGAUUUACAAUGAAGAAAUUAGAGACUUGUUGGGAAAGGAUCACAAGAAAAAACUGGACCUCAAAGAACACCCAGAGAAAGGAGUUUAUGUCCCAGGACUUUCCCUUCACCCAGUACAUAAUGUACAAGAAUGUGAGUUAGUGAUGGAGCAAGGCUGGAAGAAUCGAUCAGUGGGGGCCACGUUGAUGAAUGCAGAUUCCUCUCGUAGUCACUCGAUCUUCACCAUUCAUUUGGAAAUGAUGGAGAUGGAUGUUGAAAGUGAUCAGAAGAUUCGUCAGGGGAAACUCAACUUAGUGGAUUUGGCAGGAAGUGAGCGACAAACUAAAACAGGAGCUACUGGUGAGAGAUUAAAGGAAGCUACCAAGAUCAACCUAUCUCUGUCUGCCUUGGGAAAUGUUAUUUCUGCAUUGGUAGAUGGCAAGUCCAAACACAUACCUUACAGAGAUUCAAAACUAACGAGGCUUCUCCAAGAUUCUCUCGGUGGAAAUACUAAAACCUUAAUGGUGGCUUGUCUCUCUCCUGCUGACAAUAACUACGAUGAAACUCUCAGUACACUGAGGUAUGCAAACAGGGCCAAAAGCAUAAAAAAUAAACCAAAGAUCAAUGAAGAUCCCAAAGAUGCUUUGUUAAGAGAAUAUCAAGAAGAAAUUCAGCGAUUAAAAGAACUUCUCAGUGGACAGCCUCCAUCUGAUGUGAUAGCUCUAAAAGAAGAAAUAGAAAAUGAGGAAAACAACCUGGCUGAACAACUUCGAAAGGAAUAUGAUAACAGAGUGAAAGAUCUUCAGGAUAAAUACAGACGAGAACAAGAAUCCAAAGCUAAACUCCAGGAUGAUGUCAAUCGUCUCAGAGCGUACUAUGAAGAGGAGCUUUCUAAAGUAAAGCAACAUCAACUAGCCGAACCUGCAGAAAGAGAGGGAGAUGUGGUAUGAGUUAGGUUGUUGUUGUUUGGAUAAACAUUUACAUUGGACUGAAGUUGUUAUCUUAAUAAUGGAAAGUGAUAUUAAUUGUUGGACUGAAAUUAUUAUCUUAAUAAUGUAAAGUAAUAUUAAUUGUUGGACUGAAGUUAUUAUCUUAAUAAUAUAAAGUGAUAUUAAUUGUUGGACUGAAGUUGUUAUCUUAAUAAUAUAAAGUGAUGUUAAUUGUUGGACUGAAGUUAUUAUCUUAAUAAUGUAAAGUAAUAUUAAUUGUUUGACUGAAGUUGUUAUCUUAAUAAUAUAAAGUGAUAUUAAUUGUUGGACUGAAGUUAUCAUCUUAAUAAUAUAAAGUGAUAUUAAUUGUUGGACUGAAGUUAUUAUCUUAAUAAUAUAAAGUGAUAUUAAUUGUUGGACUGCACAAAUUGUUUAGGUGAAAAGGGUGUCUUACAAUAAUAGGAUUGGUCCAAAACGUUGGUAAAAAAUUUAAUUUAAUACAAUUUAAAGCAUUAUGUUUCA